AUGGGAUUGGAGGGUAUAACUGGGACUGGCUGGAAUUCCUGUCGGCCUCCUGACGAUAGGUGCCCUGAUGGUGGUGGACAUCUUGAACAACCUUAUCGAGCGUGGCCUCCUGGACGACGGGAAAGCUGUGCUAAGGGAAUCCGAGGCACGGAUAAUAUCCAACCCGAAUUCUUGGAGCUUGUGGAGGCAAGUAGAAUUGCCAAACAAUUUAACACUCUUUCAGAAAUCUCCUGUACGUGUCCUUAUCCGGGAAUUGGGCAUUCGAAAUAUCAACAAUUGAAUGCAUUAGAAGAAGGAUCUUGA